UUAUUCUGACAUUUACAUACUAACUGACCAUGUGUAUUUACGGAGUAGUUUCCUUCUUCAAAAAGUUUCUGCCCUUAGGCACACAGAAAUCCUGUCUGCUCAUCUUAGGAUUAGACAAUGCUGGAAAGUCCACGUUAACAGACCGCUUAGCGGAGGUUUUUAAUGGGGAUUCAAAGGAUCCAAACAAGGAGGCUCACGAGUGGAUCCUCACAAUCAAUAAUUUCAAAGUGAAGUUGUGGGAUAUUAAUGGGGAACUAAAAAACAGACAGAUGUGGCCAAACUACUACCAGAAAGCGAAGAUCUUGGUUUUUGUACUGGACAGCAAGGAUGCAGUGCGUCUCAGUGAAGCUCGUUGUGUGUUAUGCGACGUUCUAAUGCACCAGGAACUCAACAAAGCUCCUCUGCUGAUCGUGUCCAAUAAAAAGGACACCUCGGGAUCUCUGUCCUCAGCUACUGUGAUCGAUUUGAUGGGUCUGGAUCGCCUAGGGGAUCGGGAUUGGACUAUUAAAGAAUGUUCUAUGCAGACAGGCGCUGGAGUUCAGGAUAUCUUGGACUGGAUAAUCAAUAAGACAAUAAACAAGACUUAAACUAUUUUACAUUUUUUGAUAUUUUUAAAAAAUUGUCUGCAUGGGAAUCCCUUAAUAAAACAAUAUAUUUAUGAGUCAUUUUAG